GGGGAGUGCAGGGCCGUGCCAUGCUACUACUGAGCAGUCAGGCAACGGAGCGGACUAUCCCCGGGGCCGCAAGUAAAGCUGUCACAGCCCACCAGUCAGGAGGAGGUAAGACCGCGGUGGACCACAUUUCUGUCAUCCUGAAUGGAACUCUGGGCCGUGAGGAGGUGGGUUCGAGGUCGGUGGCGGUCCAGGCCGCCCGAUAUGCCCCACUGGAGCAAAGUCAUCCUGCAGCCGGGAGCACUAGGGCACGACAGCAGGCGCUGCAGGGGGAGGAGGGACGCUUCAGCCUGGGCAGGAUACGGCAGGAUCUUGGCAGGUGGCCCUCCCUGAGCCACACAGGCAGAGUGGAGAGGAGGAGGGAGGAUGCAGUGCAGGAGGAGGAGGAGGUAGAGAAGGAGGAUGGGGGGGAAAUGACAACGGACCGGUUUCUCCAACUGCAACAGCCCUCCAAUAACUCAGCAGCUCCAGCAGCAGCCCAACCUUCUCAGUCAGACUGGGAGACUACAGCGGUAGGAGUAGAGGUAGAUACAGCCACAGCAGCUCCAGAGCAACAGAAGACCCAGGUAGAAACCCAGGGACAGGACAUUUCUCCCCAGUACGAAGGGUCUCUCCUUGGGCAUAAUGGUGGUGUUCUGGUCGGCGGUGGCCGUCUACCCCGGGCUGUGCUCCGCAGGAAGCCAUCCCAGGACAGUGCUGCGCCAGACAGCAGGAGGGUGGUGAGCAUGUAUGGAGCCCCAGCCUGGCAGCAACGAGGCUCGCUAAGUGACCAGGACAGAACAGACAAACCCAGGAGGCCCAGGAGUGUGUGCAUGCUGGGAGGCCCCAACCUUAGCCCUGCCCUGUUGCAGCCUGGGUCCCACAGGUCCCACUCCCAGCAGAGCUCCAGACGGGUGGCUACAGGAUCUCUGGACGGUCCCCCCCAGCAGUGCUGGACCAGGAGGGCAGAGCUCCGGGCGGUGGACGGCCUCAAGCCGGAGGUGCUCACUCAGCGGACAGUGGCUGAGGAGAAGGGGGUCCCCAGGGUCCGGCAGCAGACCUGGAAACAGAGACCAGUCAGUAUGACAAUGUUGGAGCUGAGGAAGAAGGGCUCUGUAUCUCAGGACGAGCUGGAUAGCCAUAGGGGAAGCCAGGUUAGAGGUCUGUUCGGCCGCUGGAGGAUCUUUGGCCGACCAGCCCAGGACAAGGAGAAGGAUAAGGAGGGAGCCCGAGCCCCAGGUUCCAAGCCCCCCAGCAGGCUGGAUGUCCCCAAGAAGACCCUGAGCUCCUUACGCCGGAGUCUCAGUUUGCGGAUCAGGAGGAACCGGCCGCGGGGGAGAGUGGAAAUAUCCGAAGUGACAGCAGAGGAACGCUCACGCACUAAAAGUAUCGGGCAAGAGACAUCUCUCCCCUCGCGGCCCUUCUCCUAUCUCACCGGGAGGUCCCUGCCACCCCCUUACGAGAGGGAAAAUGAUGGAGGGAUGCAGAACAUUCAGUACCACAGCCAGGGCAAGGUCAAGGUGAUGGAGGUGCCCCUCUACCCAGCCAGACUGUCCUCCUCCACUAAACCAGCCCAUGAAGAGCCCAGCGUGUGGCAGCUCAUAGCCAGCCGCUUUAGGAGGAAGGAGCAGCAACAACCGCCCAACGGUAAAUGUAAACUCCAGCCCCAACCCCUGAGCAAAGAGACUGGCAAAUAUCCCCUGGCUGGGAAUAAAAAGCCUCAGCUAGUUUCCAUAGAGACUCUGGCAGGCAUCGACUGCAGCAAAGGUCAAGACUCUUUCGUCAACAGCCAAGAAUGGACAUUGAGUCGAUCAGUGCCAGAGCUCAAAGUGGGUAUUGUGGGUAAUCUGUCGAGCGGGAAAUCGGCCCUUGUCCACCGGUACCUGACAGGCACGUACGUGCAGGAGGAAUCCCCUGAAGGUGGUCGGUUCAAGAAGGAGAUGGUGGUUGAUGGACAGAGCUACCUGCUGCUGAUCAGAGACGAGGGAGGCCCCCCGGAGCUGCAGUUUGCAGCGUGGGUAGACGCUGUGGUGUUUGUCUUCAGUCUGGAGGAUGAGAUCAGUUUCCAGACAGUCUACAACUACUUCCUGCGUCUGUCCAGCUACAGGAACACAGCAGAGGUCCCCAUGGUCCUGGUCGGGACGCAAGAUGCCAUCAGUGCUGCCAACCCCAGAGUGAUCGAUGACUCACGAGCCAGGAAGCUGUCCAACGACCUGAAGCGUUCCACCUACUACGAGACCUGCUCCACCUACGGCCUCAAUGUGGAGAGAGUCUUCCAAGAUGUCGCCCAGAAGGUGGUGGCUCUGAGGAAAAAGCAGCAGCUGUCUAUUGGUCCGUGCAAGUCCCUUCCCAACUCGCCUAGCCACUCAUCAGUCCCCAACGCAUCCCUCCCCUCUGUGCAUAUUAACCAGGCGGCGAAUGGCGGGGUUGCGUUCAGCGACUACUCCUCCUCGGUGCCUUCCACUCCCAGCAUCAGCCAGAGGGAGAUGCGCAUCGAGACCAUCGCCGCCUCUAAUACGCCCACACCCAUCCGCAAGCAGUCCAAGCGCCGCUCCAACAUCUUCACAUCACGGAAAGCCAACAGUGAACAGGCAAAGACCACUGACAGUAAAACAGAUAGUAUAGGCAGUGGAAGGGCCAUACCCAUCAAACAGGGCAUCCUUCUGAAGAGAAGUGGGAAGUCCCUGAAUAAGGAGUGGAAGAAGAAAUACGUCACACUUUGUGACAACGGCCUCCUCACCUACCACCCCAGUUUACAUGACUACAUGCAGAAUGUGCACGGGAAAGAGAUUGACCUGUUGAGGACCACGGUCAAGGUGCCAGGGAAACGACCACCCAGAGCAGUCACCACUAUCGCCCCCACCGCCAGCCCCAAGACAAACGGGCUGACCAAGGACCGCAGCACCCUGCAGCUGGGCGUAGCCACCACAGGUGCGCCCCAUUCUAACAGCAAUACAUCUCUCCAGUCAGAGCGUUCGGUCAGCGGAGGAGGCCUGGUGGGCUUCGGUGGCAGUAAGGACAGCAUGCACCAACGCUCCUUCUCUGUUUCCAGUGCCGACCAAUGGAACGAGGCCGUCAUCAACACCAGUGCAAGCACCGGGGCCGCCAACGGGAUGGGCGAGCCCCUAACCUGCAGCUCUGGAGUGGGCAGUGCCACCAGUCCCAAGCUGGAGCCUCCCCCCUCACCUCACGCCAACCGCAAGAAACACAGACGGAAAAAGAGCACGGGCAUCACCAAGCCAGACGGGCCGUCUGCAGGCAAUGAAGAGUCGGAGGAGUCGUUUGAGUUCAUUAUCGUGUCUCUGACGGGCCAGAUGUGGCAUUUCGAGGCAUCUACGUUUGAGGAGAGGGAGCUGUGGGUCACAGCUAUCGAGAGCCAGAUCUUUGCCAGCCUGCAGUCUUGCGAGAGCAUGAAGAAUAAGUCCCGGUUAGGCAGCCAAAGUGAUGCAGCGUCCAUUCAGUCCAUAAGGAACGUGAGAGGGAACAGCAUCUGUGUGGACUGUGAUGCAGCCAACCCGGACUGGGCCAGUCUUAACCUGGGGGCUCUGAUCUGUAUCGAGUGUUCAGGGAUCCACAGGAACCUGGGGACCCACCUGUCAAGGGUCCGUUCCCUGGACCUGGAUGACUGGCCCGUGGGGCUCAGCAUGGUGAUGAUGGCUAUAGGCAACGCUAUGGCCAACAGUGUCUGGGAAGGGGCCCUGGAGGGGUACACCAAGGUGGGCGCUGACAGCACCAGGGAGGAGAGGGAGCGGUGGAUCCGGGCUAAGUAUGAGCAGAAGCUGUUCCUGGUGGGUCUCCCCCAGUCGGAUGUGCCCCUGGGGCAGCAGCUGCUCCGGGCCGUGGUGGAGGACGACCUGAGGCUGGUGGUGCUGCUGCUGGCCCACGGCACCAAGGAGGAGGUCAACGAGACGUACGGAGACGGGGACGGACGCACCGCCCUGCAUCUGUCCUGUGCCAUGGCCAACGUGGUCAUCACCCAGCUUCUCAUCUGGUACGGUGUGGACGUGAAAAGUCGGGACGCGCGCGGCCAGACGCCGCUGUCCUGUGCCCGGCGGGCAGGAAGCCAGGAGUGUUCUGACAUCCUGCUCCAGCACGGCUGCCCCAACGACCCGGUCAGCAGCAGCAGCCUCACCACCCCCAACAUGAGCCGCAGAAACCCCAGUGUUAACCCCAACCCUAACGUCAACAACAACAAUGCCCUCAGUGAGCUCAACCGCAGUGUCAGUAUAAUGUAGGACCAGGAGUGGAUCAUCCCAGAGCAGACUGGAGUAGACUUGACUCACCGAUCACCAAGGCCCGUGAACAUAAACACACUGUGUCCCCAUAGACGACCCAGUAACCGUACUACUCUCCCGGUCCCCAUUCUCCUCCUAUUCCGCUUCAUACUGUGUCAACUAAACUGAGCGACUGGCAGUAGAGGCUUUUUUGGGCCGCAACGAACAGGAUAGAGAUAUUCCAAGAUGCUGAGAGAGGCAGGCUUUACCUGGUGGACAUUGUAUAUUGUAUUUGUUUGGUUGUUGUUUUCCUCAUAUCAUUGGCGCAGCCGUACUGUCUGUCAGUAACGAUCAUGAUCAGUUUAAAAUGUUUUUAUUGUUAUUAAGCAUCAACCAAAUGAAUGGCUCACCCCUCCCCUCUCUACUAAAACAGUUCAUUUCUAUGCUUGAACAUUUCCUUUCGUGUCGUCCUCUGUUGGAGCCAAACUGUGUUUAUAUUGUGCCGUUUGAUGAAAUGACAAAUUCCCUCCGAUAAUGCUUCCAUGCCUAUAUAGAGAAAGAUAAACGCAGUGGUAACAUUUUGCUUUCAGAUACUUCAAAGGAACUUCCAUGUUGGACGCACAGCGUUUGCUGAGUGGUAUCAUCCAUAGUCAUGCAGGAGAGAAACUAUUCCUAUAGAUGGUGUAAUAGGGUUUACAACAAGUCCUCCAUAGCCCACCAAUUUCAGAAUUCAGAAGGUUCGAAAUUAACCAGUUAGUAUUGGUACUAUGAAGCCAUCAAACUCUUGACAUGCCAUUCAUGUAAAAAAUACAAUUAAUUAAAAAAGCAACGCAUGUCUAGGUAGGUGGAAGGUCAAAAAUGAUUGAAAUACUUUACUUACGGGCAAAAGGUUUAAAUCAUAAUUUGACAUUUCAGAGAUGAUUGCACAAUGGGAGAAUUUUGGGAGAUAGUUAAGUGAGUCAUUUGUUCUUCCACCCUGAUCAUGUCCCGCUUGCAAAUCAUCCAUGAUUAUAAGGAAAUUGAGGGUCUGUUUUAUGAGCAUCGUGUCGAUUGGUUUUUGUAAAAAAAAAAAAAAAAUGCCUCUUCAAUCAGAAAUCAUUCAGAGGAAUGAUUGAAGGAAGGAAAUUGUGUCAUUAAGAGAUCUUUGUUGGAGUAAUUUUUGGAUGGAUUUGAAGAGUGUUGAUAACUAUUUGACACAGAUCACAUGACCUGGCCCCUGCAGGCAUAAUGGAAUGUCUGUUCACCUCUUGUAGCCGAAGGCCCUGUAUAUUGGUACUCAUAAUUAUAUGUCUUUUGUUGCUGUGAACAACUAUGUGGUGCGCUUGUGGGUGUGUGCGUGUGUGCUUCUGUUUGAGUGAAAGGAGAGUGAGGAAGUGACUGUGUAGGACACCAUUGGGAGAAAAGGCUAGCAUUUAUAGUUGUUUGACUAAAAGGGUUUUGGAGCAAAAAAGGUGUUUUCAAGUACAGACCACUGUAACAAGCAGGGGUUGGAACCGAAAACAGGAAAAUAACAUUUUUGUGAAACAGAAGUGAGGAAAUUAUCUAUACUGUUCUAGAACAGACCUGUUAUUUUAAAAGCAUGGGAACCGGUUAAUAACGUUUACGCAACCAAGAGCCUAUGCAAAGCCCUCACUCAGUCACUCAGAAACAUAUUCCAGUGUCUUCCUGCAAGCUGGAAAUCUUUGCCUGUACGUGUUUAGGCUACCUACCCCUCCCCUUCCGAAGCAUAGACUACUGUACUGACAUUACAAGUGUGAUUCAGAAGAUGGGGAGAGAUGUUUUAUUGGCUAGAGAAGAAUGGAUUCACUUUUUUUCAAUGCUCGUUAAGGAUACAUUAGUUAUCACGUUUCACAUUGGAUUUAUUAACUACGAAAAGGAAGACGUGUUUUUAAUUCUGGUGCCGCUCUGCACAAACAAGCUUGUUAACUAGCUCUGGUCCAGCAUUAAGCCAGCUCGGAACUCUCAGAGUGGACCGGACUCACCGACCACCAAGGUCCAGCGCUUGCAUAGAAACCGCUCCUCUGUAGGUAGGGUAUAAUUCGGUGGGUUGAAUUUCGGAGAAUGCAUGUCAUAACAAGCCACGCCUCCUCCUCCACCCACUCGCUCUCCCCACCGGGGGAAUCGCAUCUCGCCCCCUACACUUGUCUGUUCAUCACGCAUGUAAACAACUAGUUUGCCCGCUCCAUAGCAAGCUGCACUAUCUGCACUGAUUGGUGAAGUAAUUUAAUGAACUAAAUGUAAAAAAAAACCUGUUCAUUACACAGGCCAAAAAGGAAUGAUAGAAAACAGUACUUUUUGGGGAUUCUAACUGGUUCAGUACUUUAUUUUGCUGGUCGGAACAGUGGAACGGAAUAAAAUAAAUAGUGGUUCUGUUCAGAACAAAACGAUUGGAAAGUAAUUUUGGUUGGUUCCAACCCCUGGUUAACAGUAGCUCGUCCUCCAAUAAGACUUAUCCUAAAGUGGUGUGGAUUAACAUUGACUACUGGAGUCGUUUUGAAGCGUUCCCUCUCAAUUCCUCUACAACUAAUGUGACUUUAACGAACCAUCCAACCGCUCACCCUUACUCAAGGGACCAAAACAAGGUACAUUCAAGUGUCAAACCAUGGAGAUAGAGACUAAAAGGGUCAAGAUGGGAUGGAAAGAAAAGCCAAGAUAACUUUGACAGUUUUUAUGGUAAUUCUUCAUGAUAAUACCAUAUGUGUGUAUAUAUAAGUACUUAGACGAGACAAAACAAGAUGGAGGAGGGACUUUCACAACAGGAACAUUCAAGUGGUAUUGGCAUAAAGUAUAUAGAGACAUUUCAUUUUCCUCGCUCUUCUGCCGUUUUAAGGUUUGAAAUUAAAACCCAGUUUUCUGGUCUUUUAAAUUUACUAUGGCAGUGUUUAUGUUGACAGGGCAAAGGCUCUUCAUAUUAACCCUGUUACAUUAUCUACAUGGUUUUGUUAUUUCCCAGCAGGCUAAACUGGUUGGAAUUACAUCAGUACAACCUGGUUACAACCAUAUUAUAAACUGGUUGUAAAUGAGGACAUUUAAACCAGCUUUGCCCUCCCACUGUGUUCCCUCAGUAUUUGGAGUUUAUUCAAACCCACAAGAUAUAAAGUUGUGGUCAAUCAGGAAUAGUGUCAAAUACAGUAUACACUGAAUUGGCCUUCAGAUUCAACCAAAUGACAUUUAGACUGAUGGUCAACAGAGCUUGUAGACAGCCUUACGUUAUAACUACAUUGACGAGUUGACCUUUUCCUUUGGUGUACAGUAGGUGUACAGUAGGUGUACAGUACGUGUACAAACCACCAUGGCACCAACGUAUUUCAAAGAAUUCUCAAGUACGUUUCAACGUAUGUCUGAUAUACGGUAGUAGAUGAUUUCGUAUAGAGGAGUUUGAUGUAUAUACUUACCUGAUGCCAUAGGACCAUAUUCACCCUUGUAAUAUUUCCCUUCCCCACUACUCUUAAUGUUGCCUGACUAUAACUAUAACCAUUAUUCUAAGCAAAAUGUUUUUCCCCCCAAAGACGGGCUGUUGUUCUGAUAUGGCAUCCUAUUCCCUGAAUAGUGCACCACUUUUAACCAGAGUUCAAUGCGAUACCUGCUCAAAAUUAGUCCACUAUAAAGGGAGUAGGUUACUAUUUUGGACGUACCCAGGACGUAGAUAUGGGUCCAAGAUUCUCUAUGACCAGACAAGCUCCCAGUCAAACAAUUUGAAAAUCUUUUUGUUUUUUUGCAGGCAGUCUUCCUUGACUUGUAAACCCUAUUUUGAUAUAUUUUCAACUUUUUUUUCUUCAUUGUUCUUAAGCAUAUUUUUAGGUACUUUGGUUAGGUCUCAAUGUAGCUACAUUAUCUGACCACUUGAGGUACUUUGUGUAUAAUGAUGUACAUUUGACAUAUUUAUAAUGCAGUAUGUAAAUAUUGUUUUUUUUGUUUUUGUUUAAUUUUCCUAUUGUAUUUUUUUUCUCUCUACGUUUCUGAACGUGAAACAAAGCAUAAAGCUAAAGAGUUAGCUGUUGUGUGCUUGGAUGCUUGGAUGCUUGGCUGACCUUUGACCUAUUCAUCAAACACUCCAAUAAAACAAUGUAGCCUUUCCUGGAUUUGGGAAAUA